GAGCUCGGAAGGGCUCUCUGGUGGGGGCAGCGUCUGCCAUAAAAAAACCAACCCCCACCUGCGAGCCAUAGAAGUGGGGGUGGGGAAGCCCAGCUGUGCAGGAUUGGUGCCCCACACCCAGUGAGGACUGUGUGGGGAACGGGCAGUAGAGGACGGUGGAGCUGUUUCUGGGACUUCCUUGGCAUCCCUUCUGGGGGCGCGUCUCCUCCCAGACUCGCUGACUGGUGGCUGGGCCCUCGGGGGUCAACUCACGCAGCGCUGCACCUUCGGGGGCAGAAGUUUGGCUGGAGGAAAGGCCCCAGCGACCGCGCACCGGUUUGCAAAGCGGCUUCAGCACCAGAGAGGAAGGAAACCUCCCGGGACCGAGCGUGGGCUCCGGCCAGCUCCCCAGCAGAGCGCCCGGAGACCUGCCCCGUGCCAAGGGACCCCGGGCGCGCCCAGGCUCUGUGGGCAGAAUCGCCCAGAUCCGGCAAAGAGGGGGACUCGCUGCCUGACUCCAGGGCCGGCUGCUGCGGGCAGGGAGGGAGGAGAGAGCCCAGGAGCUCGCCACCCGAGCCCUGUCUCCACGCGACGCCAGCCCGGCGCCGGAGCCCACGGGCGACCCUUCGGAUCCGGGGUCCCCCUUAGCCCCAGCUGUGACUCGACCUUUCCCCCGGCUCCUUUGGCCUGAGGAGGAGGCGAAGGGCGCUGCGGGUCCCAGCCCCUGACACGGCGGAGGCGCGUUUCCUGAGCGCAGGUCACACCGCGACUCCCUCGGCCGCUUCUUCUUUUCCUGCUCUCUAUAAAGCGCUGCCCCGAGAAGCUGCAUCGGACCCGGCCGGCCCCUGGUUUGGAGAGGGCAGCUGCGCGCUCCGGGCGCCUCUCCCCAGCUCCCCCGGCCCGCCAGCCCCUCGCCCCCCGCGCCCCUCGCUCGCCGGCUCUCUAACGCCCGCUGUUGUGAUGCGUAUUCCCGUAGACCCCAGCACCAGCCGGCGCUUCACACCUCCCUCCACGGCCUUCCCCUGCGGUAAGAUGGGAGAGAACAGCGGGGCGCUGAGCGCGCCGGCGCCGGGCUCCCGAAGUCGGCCCGAGGUGCGCUCGGUGGUGGACGUGCUGGCGGACCACGCGGGCGAGCUGGUGCGGACAGACAGCCCCAACUUCUUGUGCUCGGUGCUGCCUUCACACUGGAGGUGCAACAAGACCCUGCCGGUGGCCUUCAAGGUGGUAGCCCUUGGAGAUGUACCUGAUGGGACUGUAGUCACAGUCAUGGCUGGAAACGAUGAGAAUUAUUCUGCAGAGCUCAGAAAUGCCUCCGCGGUCAUGAAAAAUCAAGUGGCAAGGUUUAAUGACCUCAGAUUUGUUGGGCGAAGUGGCAGAGGAAAAAGCUUUACAUUGACAAUCACAGUGUUCACAAACCCCACACAAGUCGCUACCUAUCACCGAGCCAUUAAAGUGACUGUGGAUGGACCCCGGGAACCAAGAAGGCACAGACAAAAGCUAGAAGACCAAGCCAAGCCCUACACAGACCGCUAUAGCGAACUGGAACGUCUGCGCCAGUCUAUGAGAGUUACCCCAACAACUCCCAACCCCCGAGGAUCCCUGACCGCCCCAGGCCACUUUGGGUCACAGACUCAGACUCCAAUACAAGGCACAUCGGAUCUGAGCCCCUUCUCUGACCCACGUCAGUUUGAUCGUUCCUUUCCCACGCUGCCGACCCUCGCCGAGACCAGGUUUUCUGACCCCCGGAUGCAUUACCCCGGCGCGAUGUCAGCGACCUUCCCUUACACCGCCACGCCGUCAGCCACGGGGAUCAGUGGCAUCAGCAUGACCAGCAUGCCCACCACAACCCGCUUCCACCAUACCUACCUUCCGCCACCCUACCCUGGCUCCACCCAGAACCAAAGUGGACCCUUCCAAACCAACCCCUCCCCUUACCAUUUGUACUACGGUACGUCGUCCGGAUCAUACCAGUUCUCCAUGGUGGCGGGGGGGGAGCGCUCGCCCACAAGGAUGCUGUCCUCCUGCACAAGUGCUUCGGCGGGCAACAACUUAAUGAAUCCCAACCUUGCCAAUCAGAAUGAUGGAGUGGAUGCGGAUGGUAGUCACAGUAACUCGCCUACGGCCAUGACGACCACCGGGAGGAUGGAUGAGUCUGUCUGGAGACCCUAUUAGGAAGGACUCAAGGAGGCACGUGUAACUUGAACCGAAUAAAACGCCCACCAAUGUGUUACUCCUGUCAAGCGCGAAUAGAGCAAAAUGAGGCCUAGCACGGGCCGCCUCCCAAUCUGAAGGCAAGUCAGGAUCCUUCCUUCAUCAAUAUAGGUAAUUGGCAAGCACAGACGGACCAGAGCUGAAUACAGUUCAAGACACACAUCCACAAGGCUUGAAUUGGUCACUCAGUAAGGUCCCUUUGGUCUCUUUGAAAUGGGCGGAUUGUAUAUAGGAGUGUGUGGAAUCAGAUGUUUGUUAAUUGCGCAGCUAUGGCUAUGUUCAGAAUGCCUAUCGAUCAUCUCGCUCUUAAUCAAAAAAACCCUGCCCUCCUGCAGAAUCAUAGGUGUUAGAAAAAAUUUUAAAAAGGCCCCAGAAAUCAGCCAGUCCAUCUCUCUGCAAAUGCAAGAAGAAUGAACUAAGACGCCUUAGCCACUCGUCCCCUCUAGAAAAGGGCUUUUAACCACCAAACGAACUCAGUAAGGAUACCAGAGCUGCCCGCAUCAGCUGAGACGUGAGUCUUGUUUACAGCAAAACAGAUGUGACUGGCUCUCGCUGACGCAGUUAAGGCUCAGAAGAAUGUUGCUAGCGAGUGAGCAGGUAUCAGCCAUGUGAACAAGUGCUGUGAUAUGAUUUUGAAAGUGGUUGUAUUGUGAUUUUUUUGUUUGUUUUUAACAGUAACAUGGCUGAUUCCCCCCAAUCCCCUUCCCAUAUGUUUACAUGAGAUGUAAUUUUUUACACAAUGUGUUUUCCUUUUGUCCUGACAUGGACGUUAAUUUCUUGCUACUUCUAGUUAGUCUCGAUGGUUGCGUCCGAGACGAAGAAUGCGUUUGGGACAAUCCAGUGUGUGAGGUGCACUUACAAACAUGUUUGCUGCAAAGAGGACUCGGAAGCCUUUGGAAUAAUAUGAAAUCCAGGAUAGCGGCUUCUCCUCUCUCAUUUCCAAGUGGCACACAGGCAGCUGUGGCAAUACUUAGUAUUUAUUUUAUGGUUCUCUUCCAUUUUUACACCCAGAGUGGCUCAAGACACCAUGCAUUUGUGCUUAAAGAAAGGAGAUUGUCAGCUGAUUCUUAAAGUACUGACUGAGAUUUGAAUGACCCCUCAAUUUUAAAUAAAAUGUAACUCCCUGUUUUGGGGGGGGGGGUUUAGACAAAUGAAAUCAUAAUCUAUAGCACCUCUCAUCUCAAAGUGCUUAGCAUAAUUAUUCCUCAUAUCACAACCCCUGUGGUGAUUUAGGGCACUAUUAUUAUCCCCAUUUUACGGACGGGUAAAUUGAGGUAGAGGGAUUUGUCUAAGGCCACAUUCAGUGGCACUAUUGACCCACGCAUACCACUGGUAACGGAGCAGCCGCGAGAGGCCUCAGCUGAGAUUACGGCCCAUCGUGCUGGGUGCUGCACAGACACAUGGUGACCAUCCUCCACAGUGACCUUACAACUGAAAUAGACAAAACGCAAGGAAGUAAACAGGGGACAUCACACAGUAGCUCUGUGGCAGAGUCGGGGCUAGAACCCAGCAUUCCUGGGAUUUCCCUGGACCAUACUGCCCCUCCGCAUUGCUAGCUGACAAAAGUUAGCUCCCUGGCCUUCAAACAGGAAUUAGGGCCUGAUCCUAACACAACCUUACUCACACUAGUUGUUCCAUUGAAGACAAUGAGAUGACUCCUGUGAAUAAAGUACAUUUGCCUGUAUAACAGUUUGCCACAUCAGCCUGCAACUGGGUUGUAAGAACUGCCACACUAGAAAACUGAACAUAGCACACCAGUGGCAGGGGUGGGUGGGACCAGAACCCAGGACGCGUGCGUUGCAAUAGCUACUUUAAGCAGAGGGGGUCCUGCUCCCGUGUAGCAGUGAAACAUGUACACCCCUGCAAAAUGGAUACAAAAUGCUACUAAACCAGACUGGAAACAUUUUCCCUCCACUUUGCGCUGGUGCAAAUAACUGCACAUGGUGAUGGGCGGUUGAGAGUCAGGGCCUAGGAUUCGAUUCCCAGUCUUGUUAAAUAGGACGGCCCCGUGGGAGUUGGGUGCGUCAGUAUCUUUGAGGAUCUGAACUAGAGGUCUCCUGUAGUUGUGUAGCCACUUCAGAUGAGAUGCAUUAAUAAUAAUGCUGAUGCUUAGAACUAAGUUCAUAAUAACCCUGUGAGUAUUUAACAAAACAAGUGGCUGGAAGUAAGCAUCUGUCUGGCAGGAUGAUGUAGGCCCAGAACUGCCCCUUUUUUCCCCUUAACCGAUUAUGAACCUGCUACUACUCAGUGGGGUUUUUUUUACAGUUAUCAUGAGAAUUAUUUGGCAUCUGGUUGCUUAUGUUCGAGUGAGUUAAGGUUGAAUUUCAAUGAGCCCUUGGGUGCCUUUGAAAAUCCCAUCCUACGCACCACAGCUAAAGCAAAGAUGGUUGGCGUGUCAAAUCUCAGUGAGUAUCUUUCCAGCAAUCAAGUGACAUAUAUUAUAUAGAAAUUGCACUACCAUUUAAAUAUGGGAUUGAGACAUCAAAUCAUACGCACCAGGAUUUGGUUGUAAAGCUGCAAUGACCACUCAUGGAUUUAAAAACUGCACACUCCACUUGCCUUAGCAAACAGCAAGCCCAGGCCUCUUGAUUGAUAUCUGUCUGUCAAACUGGACAAUGGCGGCCUGUCUUUUGAUGCAUUCAAGUUCAUCAAUACAAUAUUUCCACUGAUAGAAAGCACAAAGAAAAUAAGGAAUUCUUCAUACCAAUGUAAUGGUGUUCCUGGAGUAUUUAAAAACCAAAAAAAAAUAAAAAAAAAUAUUUGCAACUAUGUUCCUUUAUGACAUAUUGUCAUAUGAAGGUGUAAAUACAGACACCUCUAUUUUAUGCAAAUGGGUCGCAAGACUGGCCAAAAGAAUUUGCUUUGCACUAUCAUUUGCUUUUUUAAAAAAAAAAAAUGCACAAUCGCUUGUACAGUAAAACCUUUGUCUGGCUUACGAAAUAUUUAACUGUAAAAUCUAAUUUUUUUGGUCUUAUUUGUUAUAAUAAUAUAAUUCUUAAAUAUGUUGAAGGAUCCAGUUCUUAAUAAUGCUUCCUAGACUUGCGUGUGCAGGGUCAAAACCAGAACCAACCAAAAAGUGAGAAUAGAAGGAAGCUCUUUCUGUAGCUAAAGAUGGCAGAGAUGGUUUAUUUGUUUUGUUUAAAUGGAAUUUUAUGAUGGCCAUUGCAAAAAUGCUAGUAAUACCAAAUAAUGUGGUUAUUCGUGUAAUAUACCAGCCCUACUUGAAGGUAACUCCCUAUAUUUAAUAUGUAGCCCAUCUUUUUACCUGUAGCACUUGUCACUGGGGAGGGAGGGGGUCUGCUCCCACUGAAGUCAUUAGCAAAGCUCUCUCUGAGGACGAUGCUGCUGCUUUUAGCUUCAGUGAGCGCAGGAUCGGGCCCCCUCUUCUUAGCCUAUCUUGUGAAUAGGUGGACUCGAGUUUGUAAGAAGCCAUAGCGAAGUGGCCAGUUCUGCUUUUCUAUUAUAAACGUCGAUGUUCUUAUCAACUGUACGUGAUUAUCUUGUCAGGCAUCUGUGUAAUCAUUUUAAGGCCUUUCCACGUGGAAUAAUAA